AUGGCCUCUGAAGACAUAUCACCGCCUGCUUCGAUAUCUGAUGGAGGUACAUGGAGUGCUCUGCAUGAACAGGCGCCACAAUCCGUCCAGGUACCCCCAUCAGCUUCCAACAACAAGAUCGACAAUGACAUCGAGAAACAAAUCCCUCGAUCAGAAGCACCCAGUGAACAGAGUGAUGCUGAUUUGAUUACUUGGUCCGGCCCUGUCGACUUGGAUAACCCUCAAAACUGGUCUUUCAAAUACAAACUAUGGAUUACGGCUGCUUGGGUCUAUUCAUGUUUCGUGACAACCGUCGCGAGUAGUAUCUUCAGCAGCGGUACCGAAGUUAUUGCUGCUGAGUACGAUGUUGGAACUACAAUUGUGACUCUUGGUGUUAGUCUGUUCCUGGUGGGCUACACAGUCGGUCCACCCCUGUACGGACCAUUGUCCGAGCACUAUGGACGCAAAACACCAUUGGUCAUUGGUAUGACUUUAUUCACAAUUUUCAGCAUCCCAGUUGCCGUGGCCAAAAAUAUAGCUACAAUACUCGUGGGUCGAUUCUUUCAGGGGGCUUUCGGCGCGGUACCCCUAGCUUUGAUCGGGGGAGGUCUAGUGGAUAUCUGGAACCCUCAUCAACGAGCAAUGGCAGUGACUGGCGCUGUUGGCACGUUGUUCUGGUCACCAAGUCUGGCGCCUGUCAUGGGGAAUUUCAUGACGGAAAAUAUUAGCUGGCGAUGGAAUCAAUGGUUGAGUUGUAUUAUGGGCGGUGUCUGUACGAUUCUUUUGCUUUUCUUCUUUCCAGAGACGUACGCCCCGUUGCUAUUACGUCAAAAGGCUGCUAGAGCACGCAAGGAAGGAAACCCUAAAGCGAAAUCACAAUUUGACGGUCAGGUUUCGUCGUUUCAUGACGUCUUGAGGAUAUAUUUAAUCCGUGGUUUUGUGCUUCUCGGUACCCAGCCCAUUCUGCAAGCUGUCACGCUUUACCAGGGAUUCAUAUACGGAGUAUCCUAUCUCUUCUUCGUGUCGUAUCCUAUCGAGUUUCAAGAGGCUAGACACUGGGAUCUGGGAGUUAGCUCUCUACCGUUCCUCGGCAUAGUAAUCGGUGUUCUCAUCGGGUGUGCCGUUGUCAUCUUCACGAUUCAGCGGGAAACUAAACCUCCUCAAUUGGAUGCUGAUGGAAAACCGAUCAUUGUGCCGGAAGAUCGACUCCCUGUCGCCAUCUUUGGCGCUUGUUUGAUUCCUAUCGGUUUAUUCAUUUUUGCCUGGACAUCAAACCCUACUAUCCACUGGUCCGGAAUGGUGCUCGGUAGCAUCCCCGUCGGAAUGGGCAUGUACAUUGUUUUCUUGCAAUGCUUUAACUAUAUUAUCGACUGCUACAUGACAAUGGCAAAUAGUGCCUUGGGCGGAAACGCGAUGGUGAGAAGUCUGUUUGGAGCAAGUUUCCCUCUUUUCGGCCCAGCCAUGUAUCACCGACUAGGUGUGGCUUGGGCGACGAGCGUCCUGGGGUUUAUUGGUAUUGUAAUGAUCCCGAUUCCGGUCCUGUUCUGGAAGUAUGGAGCCACGAUUAGGACAUGGUCAAAUAAGAACUGA